UUUUACUUUCGAUUUACUUUUCGUUUUCGGAUGGUGUUAAUUAAUAGAACAUGCCUAGUCUCGACUUGUUAAUGCUAAUUUGGUUUUAUAGCAAAAUCCUAAGGAAUAUUGAGAAAGUUGUCCAAUCAGUUAAGGUGCGGUUGUAUGAUAGACGCAGUGACUUUUCACAAUGGCGGCCAUUAAAGAGGAGACGGCUCCCAUAAAAUGUGGACCGUGUCUGUUUGAUGGCAAUACAGUGGAGCCCAGGUAUGUAUGUGUGGACUGUCUGGAAUACCUGUGUACUGAGUGCAUAAGAGAUCACAGAAGAAAUAAGUCAUCGCGUAAACAUAAAAUACUUGAAGAGGAAGAACUUCCCAUGGAUAUUAAAUUAUUUGAAAAAAUGAAGAAAUUAUCGGAUUGUACAAAACACACAGAUAUUGAAAUAGACCAAUACUGUCCAACUCAUGAUGUUUUAAUUUGCAGGUAUUGUUUGCAAAAGGACCACACACUCUGUGAAGGUCUUUGUGAUAUGUCAUGUGAUCUAGACGAGGAAUCCAGACGUAAAAAGUGGAACAAAAUAUCCAUGAUCUUCGAAGAAAGUGUGAAACAAAUUACACUGAAAUGAUGCAAACAUUAGAAGAAGCCCAGAAUGGUAUCAAUAAAGUGCAAAAAGACAUAAAUAAUAUUAUUCAUAUAUUAAAACACAACAUUGAUAUUUUAGAAAAGACAUUAAAUGAAAGGGUCGAAAAUGAAACUCAGCGUUUAAGACUCUCCGAGCAAAAAAUGUCAACUCUUCAACAGAAAGUUUCAUGUUACACAGAUUUGCACGCUAUAACGUCCAAGUAUGGGACAUCAAAGCAGAGAAUUGCCCUUGACUUCAAAGUGUCAACCUUACUGAAGGAACUCGAGACAGAUAGCUCCGCGAAGUCCGUAAAGGAUAAACACAUACAAUUUAUACAACCGACACAGGUAGAAGAUAUUAUAACCAUGUUACAUCAAUUCGAUGUAGUACGCACACGCAAAGACAUUCAAACAUCCGAAUUGAGCAGUGAUGAAGCAUCGCUGUAUGAGGAUGCAGUGAAUUGUAUUGAACCGAAUACAGAAGAGGAAGCCAAACACGAGGUAGAAACAUUGGCAACAUGCAAAAUGGUUCCACAAGAGGAAGAAACAUUUGCAACAUGCGAAAUGGUUCCAGUCAAAAAUUUGCUUAGUUUGCAGGUCAUUCGUGAUCGAAUAAGUUUGAUAAAGUUGGAAAGUCUUAAUGCAGAGACUGGCGUGUUCGAGACAUGUGUAGUAGCAGUUGACAUUUUAUCUGAUGGUAGAACAAUAUUGUUGCUCGGAGAAAAUAAAUUGCAAUUACAUUCUAAAAAAAUAUCAUUGACAUCAAAAUACAAGUUGCAGCACAAAGUUAAAGACAUGUGUUUUGUAGAAGAAAACAAAAACGGAGCUUUUCAAGUAGCUGUAUGUUUUUAUCAGUCAUGUAAAAUAAUAUGUUUAGAACAUGUAAGCGAAUUUCUCGAAAAACAUGAGAUUAAUUGCAGCCACACUGUUGUCAAUAUAUCAAUGUAUGUCCAUCAUUUGGUAGCCCUUGUCGAACGGAAGAGUUCGAAAUCAUCCUAUGAAAUUCAGCUGCUGGAUAUUCCGACGGGUUGUGUGUGUUACGCCUUUGACGAGUUCAAGUUCUCCUCGGCACAAUUUUCCUAUAUGCCCGGUGUGUCAAUAUGUAAACCCAACAGAAUAUCUACAUGUAAAACGACAAUGAAAGUUAUUGUCGCUGGUGAGCAACAUAUUUACCGUUUUAACAUUAAUGACGGCGAAUGUGAGCCUAACACGUCGUAUGCAGUUGGGCAAUGUGAAUGGAAAUACAGAACAGAUGUAGACGAACCAUUUCUCCUUAAUUAUACUGACAAUGUUAAAUGUGUCAAAUGCGAUAGACAGGGAAAUAUGUAUGUUUCAGCAUACUAUGGCUUGUAUCAGUUAUAUAACUUUAAUGCAGACAAGUGUUCUGUGCGUAGUAUUAUUCCAAAUUGCAGAACAGUUGCGUCCUUUGCUAUAGAUGAAAUCAGGAACCGCAUAAUAGUAGGUUACAUGGGUGCAGAUCGUGUGCACGUAUUCGAGUACAUUAUUCUUACAGACACAUGAGAUUUCUGCAAAUAUAUUUUUCAUCAAAAGUUAAAAUAUGAGCUACAUUUGUCAAACUUUCGUCAUAUGAAUAACCAGUGAAAAAUGCACAAGUCGUUCGUCGUUGGAUGAUACAUUACGACGCAUAUUGUUUUAAUGAAGGAAAACUGAUUUUACUUUUGUUUUUAAAUGCAGAAAAUCACGCGAUAUCUGUUUUUUAUACAUAAGCAUAAAAAUACAUAAAAGCGCCAAGUUCUAAAAUUAAAGUAUGAAUGUUUAAACCGAACCGAUCAUUAAUAUUGAUAUGCUGCAAGAAUAGGAAAUCAAUGAUUCAAUUAUUUGCGAUCUGGAUUUAUUUGCUACAAAGAAACGAGAGCUUUCAAAACGGUUUAAACGAUUGAAAAGAGAUCUUAAAUGCACAUUAAUUUUUGACGAUGCUGGAACAGCAGCGUCCAAGGUUUGAUAACCAGUAAAAAAAAUUUUAACAAUGCGACUUAUGUAAAAGACCGAGCCAGUCCGGUUGAGAUAACUCGAUUUUUCAGUUACUUCCCUUGGCAUUCGCCACUGCGUAGGAGAUUGCUCGUUGAUUUUCAUUGAUAACAUUCUCCUAGCAGAGUUGUCGUUCGUGUUGAUAAAGGUAAAUAUUAAUAGAACAGCAUAUCCUGGGGAAACAGAUUCAAUAAGUGUAUCAGAACGUUGAUUUCAAAUUAGUAAUUUUACAUCCAUUUUAUUUUUAUGGACCAAUGAAAAAACUACAUGUAUAUAUUUUCUCUAUUUUGUUUGAUAUUUGUUCUCGAUUUAGCAAAUAAAUUGCGAAUAAAAACAUGUAAAAUUAACUUUUUACGUGAUCACAAAACUAUAGAAUGCGAACGAUUUCGAACCUGCAAAUUGUAAACGCUGAACUGCUAUGAUAUAUAUAGACAAACCAACAUUUCUUUGCGUAAUUGUCCGUCCCGCUAGCGCAGUGGUAAGGACGUUCGCUUUUCACCUUUACGACACCGGUUCGAUUCCCGCUCCCGGCGCAAUGUUAUAUUUUGUAUGUUUUGUGGUCACCAUU